GCGAGAGGCAUUAUUCCUAAGAGUUUAUGCAACAAUAUACGGCAUAGAAAAAUACUGCAAUUGUCGGCCUGGACCUCAAUCAGGAGAAAUUCAUAAAACGUGUGCUCACUAGAAUCCAAGAUGAUCGGUGUUUCAUUACGACUUUUUGCGCACUCCUGCCCACCCCUUUUCCGAUACCCGGACGACCUGGGCAUCAUCUCAGGCACUGAGGUUGUGAGAGGUGUAGGGUUCAAUCUGUCGGCUGCAAAAUCUUUGCAUCCAAACCGCUUAUGUGAAGGACAAUAAUCCGUCGGCCUUCAAUAUACCGAGGUUAUACCGCUCCCUUUCAGUCUCGUGAUGUCCUGCACUGUUGAUGUGCAGACUCGCCAUUGUCGGCCCUUCUCGGUCAACAAAGUUUAGAAAAGCAGUGUUCUGUGUCUAUACAAACGGAAGAAGGGGACACGGUCCAUGUCGAAAGAUCUGUCCACUUUGCGGUUUUCAGAGUCAAUGGUCACAUGCCUGCCUACUCAGCCGAUCACACAACCAAAAGAUCCAAAGUGUCCGAACUUCACUCCAAAGCUUCCCAGAAGAGAACAAACAAAAAGACGCCGCCGAUCAACGGACACUGCAGCAUGGCUGCCAAGGCGACAGAUCCUCCAGCGCCACUUACGCGGUGGAGUUCGUGGGACCAUUAAUGCGGUAUCUUUUGCUGCAGGUUCCAGGCCCAAAGGCUCCUCCUCUUCACGAUAUUUCACUUAUCAUCUUCCAUAUAUUUCUUAUUCUCCGUUCUCUCGCCCGAAUCAUCCUUAAACGGAGACCUGCAUGUGAGAUCCAAGUGUUAGUAGAAAAGAUAUGGAGAUGGAAGAAAAAAUCUCCCCAGAAACAUUCGGCACAGCAAAUCUUUGCUCCAGAUCGAGGAGCCGAAACUAGCAAGGAGGUGCGCAAGCGAGAUAGUGAUAAGCCCUGCUUAGCUCAGAGCUCUGUCUCAGGCUCGCAUGGUUUCUUGAUUUGUUGGGGCGGGAAACAUUUCGAUCGCCUUUGAGAGCUUUCGACGACGGCGGAGCAGCCGGAGGGUGCUAGAGGGAGCGCACACAGUCAGCCUCGAGAGGCAACCCACAGAUCAUCAGCUCAUCAGCCCAUCGGAUGAGAGCAGAACGGCCGCACCUGCCGUGACGACAAAGACUCCGUCGCUGCAACCGGAAAUUUGAGUCUCUUCGAUUUCUAGAACUCCGAAUUUUCACGACACCUCGGUUUUUUGGAAUCGAACACACGAAAGCGAUUUACACACGCGUCAAGUUUACAUUCGUCACCCUGAACCCGUGUACAGCUCAACCAAGUACUUGCUAUUUUGGUGCAAUGGUUGAGUUUAAGUAAGCAACCAUCACUAGAGUUUUAUUUUCAUUUGUAAAGGUCAAGUUCUCACAGUG